AUGUUCUAUUCUCGAGAGCUGUUGUCGCUUCGGCGAGGCAAGUUUGGCAUAUUAUGGUAAUUUUUCCGAAUUCCAUGUUCAUUUUGCAAGGUUGGCAGCCACUCGCGGCACAAAAUUUAUCACCAAACGUGACAUUAUUUCCUUUGAUAUUGAGAACUCAUGGUAUGCCAUGGAAUUCCGCUUUACUUUGCCAGCCUUGAACUUAUGGAAUACAUAGCAGGUGCAAAGAAGACCAAAAUUUCGCUUUAUCUCUCGGCACAGCUUACUUUUGGAAUGUGUCGGGUCUUCUGUGAGAAAAUCCGACUAAUAUUGCGUAAGUAUCCUCAUUUUGCACAUUGCCCCGCACCGUCAGCAAUGACCCAAUAAGCUUACAUGGUCUGUAUUUAUUCGAAAAAUUAGGAGACGCCCAAGACUUAUACUCCCGCUCGCUUGUGGCUUUUCGGCCACAGGUGACGCAAAUAGACGAUUCGCGGUAAAUUUUUGUUACCAGUUCCUGUCGUGAUUCUGCACCCGUUUGUUGCUCUGCUUGCACCUCGCCACAGUUACUGCCACGGAUAGUUUCUUAGCACUUUCUUGGGGGUUCGAGACGGUAAAAUCCUAUAUUUAAGAAAGUCAUGUUUAUGAAGUCGUUCCCUACAGUUGACCACGAACCUCUAAGCGGUUUCAGUUAAUUUCCAAAAUCACACCUUAGUUCGUUGCAAUUAACUGCUUCAUUUCCUCGUAGGUUUCUCCAACAAAAGAAACCUGAUAUGAUGGACAUUGAGAUUCCAUUGCAAUCUCAUGAUGAUUUUGGCUCCUUUGAACUUCCCGGUGCUCUUUAUGACUCGCAGUUAGAUUGGGAAAUUGUAAGUUAGUAAUUUCAAGUAACGCCCUGGAAGACUGGAAAGGGCUUUGAAGAUUCGUUCUCUCUUCAAGCUAGGAUCGAGGAUAUUACACUGAAUGAAAUUCACAUGACCCCUAAGGUAUGUGUCUCCUAAAAUAUGAUGUUUUAGUACUCUGCCAACGAAUGCGCCUUCGGGGAGGAUUUCAGGACUGAAUUCUUGACGGACUUGUUUGGAUGCGAGCAAAAUGACCACAAACAUGGCAUAUCGGAAUACCUACCAGAGGCUCGUCAAACGUAAGUUUUGUACUAGCCGAAGUGGGUUUCUACGACCCCGUAGACCUAUUGGUUCCUCGUUUAUCUUGCGUUUUCCGUAGUGAGAUUAUGUCAGUGUGCUCACUGAAACAUUUGAAGCGUGUCGACGUUUUGUUUCUUUCGUGUUUAAAUAGUGAAUCUUUGGCAACAUCACAAUAUUUGA